GCAUUGAAGAUGUUUGCUUUAUUGCCUCUUAGAAUUACCCACCUUGAAUUGAAGUGCUAAUUGCUAAACAUAUAAAGAAAUUUUUUUUUUUUUGUUCUCAUUAGUUUUCUCUCCUGCUCCAGCCUUAGGAUGUUAAGAGCAAAACUUGAAGUACUUUUCAACCUCAUGGUCCUUGCUUUCUCUUUCUUUCCUGAUGCUUGUAUGGCUAGAGCUAAAUACAAGCCUUGCUUCCCUUUUUCUUCUUGUGGAAACCUCAGUAUUACAUACCCUUUUCGAUUAAAUAGUGAUCCUGUUGAGUGUGGUGAGCCAGGGUAUGAACUAGUAUGCGAUAAUAAUUGCACAACUUUGGUCACAAAAGAUGGGAAAUUCUUUGUUGAGAACAUCACAAACUCUAGUGUUCGACUGGUUGAUGCUAGUCUUCAGAGGGAUAUCUGCUCCAUUCCUCAUAGCUCCUUUCUUCUUGAAGGCGCUUGUUGGAAAAUGCUUCUUUCUAACUAUCUUGUGUCAAAAUCAGAUGGCCAAGAUUUCGUCAAUGAAGUUGCCACUAUGGGUAGGAUUCAUCAUGCUAAUGUUAUGCAACUCAUUGGAUUUUGUGUUGAAGGAUCAAAACAAGCUCUAGUAUAUGAUUUCAUGCCUAAUGGGUCCUUGGAUAAAGUCAUAUUUUCAAGAAACACUGAUACAUCUUUAGGUUGGGAAAAAAUGUUUGAGAUUGCUAUUGGGGUGGCUAGGGGGAUUGAAUACUUACAUCGAGGAUGUGAAAUGCAGAUUUUACAUUUUGAUAUCAAGCCACACAAUAUCCUUCUGGAUGAGAAUUUUGACCCUAAAGUUUCUGAUUUUGGCCUUGCUAAACUAUAUCCUGCAAAUGAUAGUGUUGUAUCUCUCACUGCAAUAAGAGCAUGGAUUCAUGAGCGAUUUGAUCAGGGAGAGGACAUAGAGUUGGGAGAUGUUACAGAUAUUGAAAAGAAUCUUGUCAGGAAGAUUGUCAUGGUUGCAUUGUGGUGCAUACAAAUGAAACCUGCUAUUUGUCCUUCGAUGAGUGAAGUCUUGGAGAUGCUUGAAAGUGAAGUUCAGCUACUUGAAAUGCCUCCCAAGCCUUCUUUUGUUCCAUAUGAAUUGUAGACUGCAAAUCGUGUCAAUAUAAAUGUCAAUAUAAGUCAAGCAGCCCAGCCAACUAUGUCACUGGAUGCUAGAACAUAAGGUGCACUCCAAAUGCCUUACCUUGACUUGCUUACACAUAACAGCGUCACAUAUGUUUACAUAUAUUGCAUUGUUUAUUAAGUAAAUGACCUUUUUACAACUCGAAUAUAUCAAUCUUCAAAAUUUGUACUUUGAUUUAUUUGAUCACAUAUGGUUUCUUAAUGAAAUAAGAUUACUCUUUUGAUAGAAUAUUUGAGCUUUAUUUGAUAUUCAUUUAUUAAGAAAAUAAUCUUAUGGCUCUUUCUGUCUUCUAUUUACUGAUGCUUCUGCUGCUGGAGGCCAGAGCAAGCAUUGUGUCCCUUCUUCCUGUGGAACACUCAAUAUCAGUUUCUAUUUUGGUUAACAAGAGAUAAUAGAUUAAUGUUCCAGGA